AUUUGCUUGUAAAAGUAGUUAUGUUUGAAAUUAUGAGACGAGUGACAUUCUGUUUUGCUGUUUGUUGAUUCGGAAUACCGAUGCUGAUGUUUUCACCUUUUCAUUUGUACGACUCAUUAUUUUAAAAUAUUUUGUUUUGCGCAAGAUAGAUGGAGAAAGGCUUCCGAUGCGUCCAAGUUUACCACUUUCAUUUUUCCAUAAUAAUCGAGAAACAUUGCAGGUGUUCGCGAGUUCGAUAUUACUAGUGUAUAUUUUAAUGCUUGAGGGGAUAAGUAAUGUAACACCAAAAAUAAAUCACAUGGGUGCGAGUGCGCUAAAAACAACUUCGAAAAUGAGGUGACUUCAGCGAUAGAUAACACAAUAUGAAGCGAAGAAUUCGUUGGACUCGAAUUAGUGAAUAGUCAAGAAUAAUCAAAUUUGUCAGUCUGAAAUACGUGUUGGUGUUGAAGUGUGCGGCGCUCCAAUGAAAUCGCUGUUUGGUUGUAUAAGAUUGAGAGAAAAAUCUAAAAAUCACAAGGCUUCUAAAACACAUAAUCGUGGCGGCGUACAAUCAAGCUAGUCUUAGUACCUCGGGAUCCUGUAAUGCACGCAAAUGUGCAUACAGAUCGGGCCGGGGGUGGAUCUUGGCGGUUACCUCCAGAUGAAACCUUGCAGGUGGCGGAUCCGAAGCAAAAAGAAGAACAGGAUCUUUUCCCACCUGAAGGUCAUAAUUGGAGGAGUAUAGUGUUUUCUCUAUUAGUAAUCGGAUUUGUUAUAUCUGGGAUUGUUACAGCUAUAUAUCUUUUAGGCUACGUUGAUGAAUUGCUAUAUUGGUCUGGCAAGCGGAUGAAACUAGACGAUUUUCUUCAGAAGGAAAUAAUACCACAGAGGCUUCCUUCUAUGUGGAUAAAUAGUAAAAAAUUCGUCUUUCAAUCUGAUGAUGGAGGGCUCGCUGUACUAGACACUGCCACGAAUACUGUGUCAACAUUGGUAACAAACCAUACCAUACGCCAAAUUAACGUGAAAGGUUAUCAAUGUUCACACGACUUGCGAUAUGUACUGUUCAAGCAUAACGUGAAACAAGUUUACCGAAUAUCGUUCACUGCACUAUAUACUGUGUAUGAUGUCGCUAAUGAUCAUCAUAUGCCUAUAAGACUUAAAAGCUCUCCAAAACUGCAGACCGCUCGCUUGCAGUAUGUGUCUUGGAUUGGAAAUACUACCGCAAUAGCAAUAGUAGCCGCUAACGACAUAUAUAUAAGACAAUCACCAUCGGAUGAGGAGGAUCAUAGGCUAACAUUUACAGGAGAAGAAAAUACUAUAUACAACGGUGUACCUGAUUGGUUGUAUGAAGAGGAAAUUUUUACAUCAUUCGAAGCAAUGUGGUUUUCGCCAGAUGGAUCUCACAUAUUGUAUGCAACAUUUAACGAUUCACGCGUUGGGCAAAUGACGUAUCCGUGGUUUACAUCGACUACAACGUUAUCCGCUGGCAGAGAUGAUAAUAGAACACUUUUUCCUAUUUCUAAGCAAAUGCGAUAUCCUACGCCGGGUUCGAUUAACCCGGAUGUAACUUUAUGGGUUGUGGAUAUACGAAACCUUAGCAAUAUAGUAACUUCGGAAUUAAGUCGGCCAGCUGCAUUAGAAGGACAGGAUCACUAUUUUUUAUCCGCAAACUGGAUGAAAGCUCCUUAUAUGCAUAUAUCGACAGUCUGGAUAUCUCGACCUCAAAAUUUAUCUUUGGUGGCAUCUUGUCAAAGUCCACAUUGGCAAUGCGAAGAGCAUCAUUCCGAACGAGCACCCGAGAACGAAUGGCUGGAUAUAUUACCUCAUCCUGUUUUUGCUCCAGAUGGGGACAGCUUUCUAAUGAUGGCUAGUGUUCAGGAAACGGGAACUGAACAUUUUACUCAUAUAAAACAUGUAACAAUAACACAACAACGAAUAGCUGUGAUAUCGCACGGACGUUAUGAGGUUCUACGUAUACUGGCAUGGGAUACAUAUAAUCAUCUGGUCUAUUAUCUCGGAACGCAUGGUAAACGUCCUGGGCAGCAACAUCUAUACGUUGUGAAAGAUCCCGUUAACGAGGAACUAAAAAGGUCUGAGCCAACGUGUGUCACCUGCGAUCUGAGUGAAGUAUUGUGGAGUAGCCGAUAUUAUUAUAGUAAUUGUACACACUUCAACGCUUAUGUGAGCCCUCCAUCUUAUGCAGCUACGAAUUCAGGAAUUACUCAUUACAUUUUAGAAUGUAAAGGACCAGGAUUACCAUUAGCAGUGGUUCAUACUGCGCUAAAUCACCGGCUUGUACGCGUUUUGUAUGACACUAGGCCUGCAUUUACAAGGAAAUUACAAGAACUUGCGCUUCCAACCCAACGAUCCUUCGAGAUUCCAUUGCCGCAUGGGACACGUGCAGCUGUACAACUAUUGCUUCCACCCAGCUGGAGAGAAGAACUUCGAGAUGCGGCAUUUCCUGUGCUAGUUGAAGUUAACGGCAGACCUGGAUCUAUGGCAGUUUCAGACGAGUUCAAAAUCGAUUGGGGUACCUAUAUGGCAAGCCAUAAUGAUGUUGUCUAUAUAAGACUCGAUGUACGUGGAGCAAGAGGGCAAGGCAAAAAAGCUUUGUACCGACACAUUGGUGGAGUUGAAGUUCAAGAUCAAAUAGCAGCACUAAGGUACCUACUCGAGACUCUAAAUUUUUUAGAUGAGAACAGAGUUGGCGUAUGGGGAUGGGGCUACGGCGGGUACGUAACAGCCAUGAUCUUAGGGUCGCAGCAAAAUGUCUUCAAGUGUGGUAUAUCGGUAUCACCAAUAACAGACUGGUUAUAUUACAAUUCUGUGUUUACGGAAAGGAUUUUAGGCGCACCGGCCGAAAACUACAAAGCAUACGUUGAAGCAGAUGCUACACAACGAGGAAAACAGAUUCCUUCCAACUCUUAUCUUCUGAUGCAUGGAUUAGCAGAUGUAUCUGCGCCCUUUCAACAUGGAAUACAACUGGCAAGAGCACUGACUGCAUCAGGAACAAUUUUCGGAUAUCAAAGCUACGCCGAUGAAGGGCAUGAACUGAGUGGAGUUCUCGAGCAUGUCUAUCGUACAAUGGAAGAUUAUCUGAAAGGGUGCUUAUCGCUGGAUUCAGAUGAUGAAAAACCAAAGGAGGUGCACGUACCGAACGAGUAGUCGAACUGCGUUCUUCAUCAUCAUUUAAGCAUGUGCUGUGUAAUAUCAAUUUUUGAACUUGAUUUUAUUUUAGUAUGCGAUAUUUUUGUAAAAAUACUACUACAUAUCACACUGUGGAAACAUCGACAAAAAUGAAAAGACAGCGCAAUUAUAAAUGCAAUCAUGUUAAA